AUUUGUAUGUUCCUCAUGUCGUUUUUCAACAAGCGAGUCCAUGUCCAUUCUUUAACCAUGUCAAUUACAAUAAAGAUGUCAGUAGCCUGGUGGACCUGGAACAGAUUUCCUGAAAACCCAAUUGUUGGUAACUCUAAAGCCCAGCCCGACUACUCAACCAUCGGCGUUUCUGAUAGCCUGCGAUUACCUGAGCUCUGCACUAAUCAAUAACAGUCGCAAUCGUUAUCGGAGAAGCCAAGAAGGCAAGGGCUUUACUGCAUUUGAAUUACUAUCAGGAUUUAAAAUUUGCAGAAGAAAAUGAAGUUUAUUAUGGAAUUCGCCGAGGAUUUGAUUCUGAGAUUGAUGGAGGAUCCGGUGGAGAGGGAUCGGCACUUCCGUGAACGUCUCUACGCAGUGAAGGACAGGUGCAAGAAGACGAAGGAGAUGUGGAGCCUUCCUCUUCGUCCGUACGGUUUCUGGACCUUUGAACGCCACAAUGCUCAGAUCUUUUCGGAUGCUAAGAUUAGUCAAGCUCAAGGUCGCCGGGAUCCCUACGACGACCUGCUUCAGAAUGUCCCCAACACCUCCCCUUCACAUUCCUCUUCUACAUCCACCUCCAAGUGAUUAUGUGAUAUUAUUUUUGCAUGUAUGUAGGAAGACAAAUAGAUGCUAGCCAGCUUGAUUAAAUGGGCUUUUCAGGGCAUGAAGCGUGAACACUUGGCUCGAGAGCUAGAAUUAGAAGUGAAUAAGUUCCGUACUGUGUAUGAUUAAAGAUAUACUACACCUUGUGAUUCUACUCAUUAUGAUGCUGCAUUUGGAUUUUGGAACCAUCAUGUGUUUUAUUUGAUAACCUGCAAUUGAAACAUCGAAAACAUUGUGUUCAUUCUGCUUGACGCUAUCUCAAUUCAUGUCCACUAGCAAUCAUGGCUUCAUUUUCUAGCAUUUUAAUGGUUUACUUGCACC